AGCAUCCCGUUGGACUUGACAGGCAGGAGGACCGCUGAUAGAGAGCAGCUCAAACUCAAGUGAAAAAGGGGGUUGAACCAAGGACGAGGGGUUUGUCGGAGAAGUGGCGCGUGGGUGAGAGGAGCGAGUCUCGCGCUGGUCAUCGGCCGCUCUGGACUUCACUCAAGCAGCGGAAGGUCGGAUUCUAACCCGAGCGAGCCCACGUUUCCAACCAUGAGGACAAACGCAUGGAUUUAUCAGGCUGUGGUUUGCGUCGUGGUCACUAUGAUGAACGCAGGUUGCUGUAGAAAGUCCCAUCAGACGUUACAAAGGUAUGAGAAGACUGAGAACCACGUGCUGGUCUGCGCGGGCUGUCCCCAGCCCCCCUUGGUCCGGGACAGCCGAUCCCAGGAACACUGCGCCCGCAAGUGCAAGAAGGUGAAGCGGAACUUCAGCUGCAGGGCCUUCAACUUCCAGAGGCACAACAGGAAAUGCCACUUGCUUCCCUUCGACCGGUUCACCCACGGCGUGCAGAAGCAGGCCAACGUCAACUUCACUCUGUACGAGAAAAAAGAUUAUAUAAGGGAGUGCAUCAUCGGCACCAAGGACAACUACAGAGGGAGGAGGUCCUGGACCAGGUCAAACAUCACGUGCCAAGCGUGGUCGGAUAAUAACAUCAAUGAGCACACGUUUGAUCCCGACAGGUAUCCGACGCAGGACCUGCGGGAGAAUUUCUGCCGGAAUCCCAACAACGACCCCGGUGGUCCGUGGUGCUACACCACGGACCCCAACGUGCGCGCCGAGGAGUGCGGGAUCCCGCAGUGUGCGGAAGACGCGUGUGUGACCUGUAACGGGGAGGACUACCGGGGGAAGGUGGACCACACGGAGGGCGGCAGGGAGUGCCAGAGAUGGGACUCGGCGAGGCCGCACAAGCACCGCUUCCAGCCCAAGAGGUAUAAGGACAAGGACUUAAAGGACAACUACUGUCGCAACCCGGAUAAUCGCCUCCGUCCCUGGUGCUUCACCAUGGAUCCCAAAACUCCAUGGGAAUACUGCAACAUCACUCUGUGUGAGUCCGACUCCAGCGGCCGCUCCGACGUCAACGCCACCACGUCCUGCGUCCGCGGAAAGGGCGCCGGCUACCGAGGCACCAUGAACGUCACCCCGGAGGGCGUGACGUGCCAGCGCUGGGACGCCCAGUUCCCCCACAACCACUCGUUCCUCCCCCAGAACUUCAAGUGCAACCCGUGUGCGUGUUACAGAGACCUCAGAGAGAACUACUGCCGGAACCCCGAUGGCUCCGAUUACCCAUGGUGCUUCACUACAGACCCCAACCAGAGGAGGGCCAACUGCACCCACAUCCCCCGGUGUGACGCUGAUGCCACGCAAUCAACAGAGUGCUACGAAGACGGUGGAGAGACGUACCGGGGCACUCUGUCCACAACCCGAUCGGGGAUUCCCUGUGCCGACUGGUCGCACCACAUAAACAGUGGGGAUUCUCACUCCACAGUGUCCCACGUCGGGCUGGAGAAGAACUACUGCCGCAACCCGGACCGGGACAAGCACGGCCCCUGGUGUUACACCAACCCAAACAGCCGCCUGGCCUGGGACUACUGCCGGCUGAAGCGCUGUGACUCGGACACAGCGGCUCCUCAGCUCGUCGCUGAAGCCAGGCCCAGGAUUUCAUGCUUUGUGCACAUAAACACCAGGAUCGUUGGAGGUCACCAAGUGCGGGGCCCGGACGGCAGCUGGGUCGUGAGCAUCCAGAGAGAGAACGUUCACCUGUGCGGCGGAUCCCUGAUCAGAGAAGACUGGGUUCUGACCGACCAGCAGUGUUUCACCUCCUGUGUUCCAGACCUCCGGGACUACAGCGUGCAGGUCGGCCUGCGGCACCUCAACGAGUCGUCGAACCACCCCAGACUGCACAUCUCCCGCCUGAUCUGUGGCCCCGAGGGGUCCAACCUGGUCAUGCUCAAACUAGCAGACCCUGCUCCUGUGUCUGAGGGCGCUUCUACCAUUCACCUACCGGUAAAAGAGUGUCACAUAGCAGAAGGCACCAACUGCACCAUGUACGGAUGGGGGGAAACCAAAAGCGCAGCCACCGGUGAAGCUCUCAACAGAGUCACCAUGCCGAUGGUGGACAACGACAUGUGCUCCCAGAUCAAAGGCGACGCCGGCGACAGCAGGAUAUGCGCCGGAGGCAGGAGGGGGGAGGGCGUGUGCGACAAAGACAACGGCGGCCCCCUGGUCUGCCAGGAGCACGAGCGGAAGGUCGUCGUCGGCGUCAGCAUCCAGAGGACCAAGUGCGCGUCGUCGCAGCCCGCGCUCUUCGUCAACGUCGCCUUCUACUCCGAGUGGAUCUACAAGGUCUUCAAGCUGUACCCCAGCGCCGAGAGGAACUGAGAGCGGCUGCCGCGAGGGACCGCCCCGUCGCCGGACGCCGGGGGUCCGCGCUGUGCGGGGCGAGACCAGACGAGGCUCCUCCAGAUGCUCCGCCCUAAUACUGCCGCUCUCCAAUCAGUCUCGGGCACAUCAGCAGCAUCUUAAAGGAUCUCGACAAGUUCAGAACUCCUGAAGCCAUGAAAGAGACACUUCAGCGAUUCAGUAUUAUCUCCUGGAAUAUACUUGAAUAUGGACCGGCCCCAGUCUCCGGCUGCGACUGCACUGGGAUUUGGCUUGUGCCGAGCGACGUGGAUGGACACAGGUGCCGUUGAGUGAUCCAAUCGGACCCGCCUCCGGUGCUCCAACAGCUGACUGCAGCGCCUGACCACGCCCCCCCCCCGGCCGGUCGUAGCUGCACAGCCCACCCCGUGGGAGGGUUUGAGUGGGACUCCGCUAACCGCUCCUAACCUUAUGCUAACAACUCGUACCAUGAGGGAGAGCGGGACGGGCCAUGCCAAGUACAAUAUGGCUGUUUGGUCUCGGGUUAGGAGGGACCUGUGGCCCCUGGCGGGCUGUGUGUGGUCAGUAGGAUGUUUUAUAGAUGUUUUUCUUGUUUCAUGAAAAGCGACUCCUUAUGUACAUAACUGCAGAUUUAUUGAAUGCGUUGCUGCCGUGCUGUUAGCUUUUAUAGGUCUUAUAGACCCGGAAUGCUCAUGGACUCAGAUCGUGUUUAAUAUUUAAAGAGGCUGGUACAGUCGCUUGUAUGUAGCUGUUAGGGAUAUUUAUUUAUGGUAAUCGGCAGAGAGGACGACCUAUCGAUCAACGUAAUCGCAGCUAUUUAUUUAAUGCGCAUGAGUCACGGGAGAGCGCGCGUGUUCAUCUCCAUCGGCGCUGUUUAAAUCCAGAAUCAGCGUGAUCCACUUUAAACAGGCCACUCGCCCCAUGAACAGUCUGUAUAUGCAGCAGGUCAAAGGUUACAACGCUUCCUUAGGUUCAAUCCCAUAAUAUAAAAUGUGAUAGAUCUUGUACUUCUCUCCUGUCAGUGGAAGUCUUAUUUAAUUUUGCUUCGUGUAAAUAGUCUUGUGCAUUCUGUAAAUUACAACUUGUAAUUUUCUGUAAAUAUACAGUAUUAAGUAUUUUUACUUCCUGGUCCUGUUUAUAUUUGUACAUAUAAACUUUAUAACAGCUGCUAUGUUGCAUUAAUGAGACCUUUCUGACGUUGUUGCCUUUGUAUUAUUCCUAUUUUAAUAAACUCAUUGACAUUUUUC